AGCAGAUUUUACAGAGAUGGUGUUAGGGAGCUGGCUAUAUACUUCCACUGACAGUUGAGCCCCAACCAUGAUCAGAGCCCAGAUCUCUCAGGCAAGUCCAGGGACAGUUUCUUCCAUGACGUGAGCGGUCCAACAGUACAGUACACAGGCAGCAUAAAAGGCCAUGGGCUGAAGGAGAGAGGAGGAAGCAAUGGCACUCAGGGUGAAGGCAGAUGUGUGGCUGGCAAGACCCUGGCAGUGCCAGUACAGGAUGAGGGCACUGGGCACCACAGCAGCACCGGCCCCCAAGACACUGCAACCCUUUGAAGCCAUCCCCCUGUACUCCAGAAACAAGUGGCUGAAGAUGAUACAGAUGCUGAGGGAGCAGGGCCAGGAGAACCUGCACCUGGAGAUGCAUCAGGCCUUCCAGGAGCUGGGGCCCAUUUUCAGGUACAGCAUAGGAAGAACACAGGUUGUGUCUGUGAUGAUGCCAGAGGAUGCUGAGAAGCUGCAUCAGGUGGAGAGUAUGCACCCUUAUCGCAUGCACCUGGAGCCCUGGGUGGCCCACAGAGAACAGCGUGGCCUGAGACGUGGCGUGUUCUUGCUAAAUGGGCCUGAAUGGCGCUUCAACCGACUGAGGCUGAACCCAAAUGUGCUGUCACCAAAGGCCGUUCAAAAGUUUGUCCCCAUGGUGGACAUGGUGGCAAGGGACUUCUUGGAGGCCCUGAAGAAGAAGGUCUUUCAGAAUGCUCGUGGGAGCCUCACCAUGGAUGUCCAGCAAAGCCUCUUCAACUACAGUAUAGAAGCGAGCAACUUUGCUCUUUUUGGGGAGCGGUUGGGCCUCCUUGGCCAUGACCUGAGCCCUGGCAGCCUGAAGUUCAUCCAUGCCUUGCAUUCCAUGUUCAAGACCACCACACAGCUCAUGUUCCUGCCCAGGAGCCUGACUCACUGGACAAGCAGCCGGGUGUGGAAAGAACAUUUUGAGUCCUGGGAUAUCAUCUCUGAGUAUGCCAGCAGAUGUAUCUGGAAGGUGCAUCAGGAGCUCAGACUUGGCAACCCUCAGACCUACAGUGGCAUCGUGGCAGAACUAAUAUCCCAGGGAGCUUUGCCUCUCGACGCCAUCAAAGCCAACUCCAUUGAGCUCACCGCUGGGAGUGUAGACACGACAACCUCCCCCUUGCUAAUGACCCUCUUUGAGCUGGCUCGGAACCCGGACAUUCAGCGGGCACUUCGCCAGGAGAGCCUGGCUGCCGAGGCUAGCAUCGCUGCAAACCCUCAGAGGGCUAUGUCUGACCUGCCCCUGUUGCGGGCUGCCCUUAAAGAGACCCUGAGGCUCUAUCCUGUUGGUGGCUUUUUGGAGAGAAUUCUAAAGUCUGACUUGGUGCUUCAGAACUACCAUGUCCCUGCUGGGACAUUGGUCCUACUCUAUCUCUACUCCAUGGGCCGAAACCCUUCAGUAUUUCCGAGACCCGAGCGCUACAUGCCCCAGCGCUGGCUGGAGAGGAAAAGAAGUUUCCUGCACCUGACCUUCGGCUUUGGGGUGCGCCAGUGCCUGGGGAGGCGAGUGGCAGAGGUGGAGAUGAUGCUCCUGCUACACCAUGUGCUGAAAUCCUUCCAGGUGGAGACACUCAGGCAAGAGGAUGUGCAGAUGGUCUACCGCUUUGUUUUGAUGCCCACCUCCAGCCCCCUCCUCACCUUCCGGCCUGUCAGAUAGUCAUCUUUGCAUCUGGGGUCCCAGUCAGGCCACCAGCCUGCUUCUGUCCUGACACCCGAGGUCACACUUCUUUGCCAUCAGGAUGUUGUUUGGGGGGUCACACUACCAUUUUCUGCAAUCCUGCAAAGGUCACAGUUAAAGACCUCCAGGGUCAGGGACUGCAAGGCCAGGGAAGGGACUGGGGCGAUCUUGGUGACAAUAAGCAGUCCCUGGGUGAGAUUUUCCUCAUCCUUUCCAAGAGUCACUCCAGGCACCUGUGGCCUUCCAAGGGCCUCAGAACAAAGCCAGAAGACAUUCCCUUUCUUAUGUUCUCCAUUAGACACGAGCCACAAAAAUACAGCCUACAUUUUUCACACACACACACACACACACACACACACACACACACACACACACACAUAUUCAAUCACUCAAUGAGUUUGUGGGGGCAGAUAGAUAAGUAGACUAUGUAUAGAUAGAGAUAUAUAGAUGUAGAUAGACAGAUAAAAAGCUGUCUCUGUGUUUUUGUUCAAGUAGCUUGACAAUGGAGUUGGAGCAUAUUAACUGGUAACUCAGUAAAACGUAUAUAAGUGUAGGGACAUAUGCACUUGCUAAGGACCAGGUAGUGGUAAGAUCAGAGAUGCAGGCAAGAGGACUUCCUGGACUCCUGAUCAUGUGUGAGGUCUCUUCGGGAAUGGUUGUCUUCUUUCAGGAGGUCAAGGGCCAGGGUCCUUGGAGAAAGCAUUUAUCUCCUGAAUUGUCAAAGUGGCUCAGAGCACAAGCCUCUUGGGGGUUUCCUCAGAGCUGUGAGAGUCGAGGGGAAAAAAAGUUUUGUCCUAAAACAACUAUUUCACGGGAUCUCCUGUUCUCAGUACUGAAGUGUGUCUACCUGAGCUUUGUGUGCCAAACUCCAAAGUCCAUGGCCUUUACGUAUGAGUCACUGUGGAGACGGGGCUUUAACCAGGAAAUUCAUGUGAAAUGAGGCUACUGGGCUGUGCCUAAUCCAAUCCCCCAGAGCGCCUCCCAAGACAGUGUGGUCACAGGCCCAGAGACAGCCUCCAUAGGGAAGACAAGAAGUUGGUCUUCUUCGAGGCGUGGAAAGAAGUUGGGCAGUUACUAUUCUCUUCACUCCUUCACCCAUUCUUCUACUGGGUUGGGAGAAGUCACUUCUGUUGUUGAAUCUUUUGCCAUGAUGGCCAGAGCCAAGUAAUUGGGACCUGCUAAGCAGAGAGCACCUGUGGCUGAGAGUCCCCUCACACCAAGGGAAAGGGUUCUACCCCAUGGCACUAAUGUGAGUGAGGUGGUGGGAUUUCAUGGGGCAUAGCUCAAGGGAAGGAAGUCUGAGCUUCAGGGAUGUGUUCUGAAAGGGGCUGUUAGGAUAUGGGUCUCAGGUCUUCCAUUUUGAGAGUCACAAGGUGAGCCGUCUUCUCUGGCUGCCCUUGGCUUCUGACAUGCUGUAUCAUCGAAGGCUCGAAGGGACUGUGUGUUGUAAUGAUUAAUUCUUUAAUAUUAAUGUUUUUUUAAAUUAGUGCACAAAACCUGGGUUCCAUCGUGAUGUUCUCGUAGGAGUGUUCCUCAUGAUGGCUCAUCUUGGUUUCCACUUAUAGAUACGGCUCUACACCUGGGAACACCUAGAGACUUCACAAAGCACUGAGAUUUAAAAGCUCUGCAUUUGAGAGAGUGACAAGAAUAUUGUUUGCCCGUACUGACCAUGCUAAGACAAAAAUUAGAAAUUCUUUCCAUUCACAGUCACUCAAAAUACCCCUUAGCAAUAAAUUAGCCAAGGAAGUGAAAAGCGACGAUAUUAAGAAUUACAAAAAAUAAAAUAAACAAGAUCCAAUGGUACUGAACUGUGA